AUACUGUGGGCAACUUGAUAAGUGCGUAUACGGAUCACACACUUUGGACGAUUUAAUGAGUAAGAUUAAACAAUGUGAUAAUAAGUAAUUUGUAUAUUUUUAAAAUAGUAAAAUAAAAUAUUUUGGAAUAUAAUAUUAUUUAAAUAUAAAUAAGUAAGAAAGUAUGGACCCACCACAGACAUCCCUGCGGAAUACACUGACAACCUCUCCAAAGAAUUUCUCGUCGGAAGAAAGUAUGAACCUCAUUGAUCUCACAGAGGACUUUAGCAAAGAGGAACAUACUGAAGAUCCUUUCUUUGAUUGCUUGGAAAUUCCACAAAUGGAGGAUAUGCGUGAUCCUAUUUCAAAUAUCUUCGAAAAGGGAAGCAAGGAUGAUAUUUGGGUUCACACGCAGAGGUACAGUUCUGGUGACUUCAUGAGGGAAUGUCUGGAACUGAAAGCUAUUCCAGAAGUCUGUAUGCACUCGGAAACUGAUGACCAGGAAGCCUUUGAUAAGUCUGAAUUAAGGAGCUUAGAUAUAGUUAUUCCUAAGGGAGGUGGACAUGCACUCACUAUCCCGAGAGCUGAACGAAAAUCUAAGGAAAUGCCUUUAAAGCUUUCUGUCCAAACCAGGGGAAUGAAAGCAGCUUUAGCUUCUGCUCAGUGGCUUCAUAAACCAGAAUUUUUUGCUAUUUUGGAACCUUUAGUUAAAGAAGAUAAGAUUGCCAAUUAUGCCAUUAAACUGGGGUAUGGUGGGAAUACCUCAGAUUCAAGUAAGGUAGUUUUUAUCUCGACGGUUUAUGGGAAACAUACUGAGAAGGAAAGGGAAUCCCUAUGGAAUUCAAUGGGGAUGCACAAGCAAGAUGAGGAAAUGUGGAUUAUAGGGGGGGACUUUAAUGUUGUGGCCUCUCUAGAUGAACACAAAGGGAAAGUGAGCCCCUCCACAAAAGGCAUUUUGGAAUUCUCGGAAUGUAUUGAACGUUGUGGGCUUAACAAUCUUGAACCCGUUGGUGGGGUCUUCACUUGGACUGGUGAUAGAAGUCAUGGAAGGCUUUGGAGACGUCUUGAUAGAGCCUUGGUUAAUAACGCUCUCUUGGCCAUGUAUGAUGUGGUCACUCUAUCACAUUUGAGUAGAGCUGGCUCUGACCAUAAGCCCAUCCUUCUUAGCUGCUUCAAUAAUCAAUUCCGGGGUCCUAAGGUUUUCAGAUUUCAGAACUGCUGGCUAACUCAUGAUAACUUCUCUCCACUUAUUAAUGAUUUUUGGAAGACUGAGCCUAACAUUGGGGGCAUGUUUGGCUUUGCGGCUAAGCUCAAGAAACUUAAGAAUGUUCUCAAGGAAUGGAAUAAAACCACUUUUGGGGAUAUCUUCAGCAGCAUUAAACAAGCAGAAUUGAAGGCCCAAGUAGAACAAGAGAAUUUUGAAAACAGCCCAACUGAGGAGAACAGAUCCAACUCCAACCUUGCAGCAGCCAAUUUACUACUGGCCAGUAAGAGAGAGGUGCUCUUUUGGAAGCAAAAGUCCAACAUCACCUGGCUUAAAGAAGGCGAUGUUAACAGCAAGUUCUACCAUGCUUAUGUUAAGGGAAGAAGAGCAAAACUAGGAAUCAAUUCUGUUAAGGAUGAGAACGGCAAGAAGAUUAUCAACCAAGAUGAAAUUGGGGAUAAUGCUGUGGAGCACUUCACAAAGCUUUACCAUUCUGAAGGUAAUGAGGUUUUAGACCCUAUUAUCAAACACAUUCCAACAGUACUUAGUGAAGAAGAUAACCUCUUGUUUACUAAUAUUCCCUCCAUGGAAGAGGUUAAGGCAGCUGUUUGGGCUCUUAAAGAAGAUGCUGCCAGUGGGCCAGAUGGGUUUAAUGGCACUUUCUACAAGCAUUGUUGGGACACCAUCAAAAAUGACCUAUUGAAAGCCUGCCAAGAAUUCUUCUUAGGAGUGAAGAUUAAUACCAGGCUGGUGGCAAAUAGACUGAGCAUCCUACUUCCCAAAAUUAUAAGUCAAGAACGAGCAGGGUUCCAAAAGGGUAAAUCUGUAGAUGAUCAAGUUUUGCUGGCACAAGAGUUGGCACACCGGCUUCAUAAGAAUGCUAUUGGUGGAAAUAUUAUCAUAAAGAUUGAUAUGGCCAAUGCUUUCGAUAGAGUUAGUUGGGCAUAUCUCCAGGGGGUUUUGAAUAAGCUGGGCUUCAAUGAUCUUGCUGUGAAAAUACUUAUGGGCAACAUCUUUUCCUCCAGGCUCUCUAUUCUCAUAAACGGAUCCCCAAAAGGACAAGAGAUUAAUUACAGCAAGAGCAGAUUCUAUGUGCACAGCAAGACGAGGAGUUCCAAAACUGCAGAAAUCGAGAGAUUGCUGGGCAUUAAAGGAGGAGUCUUGCCUUUUCUGUAUCUGGGGGCACACAUUACUAAAGGUCAACUGAGGAAAGAGGACUGCUCUCAUAUCCUUAAUCAUUUUGAUAAGCUUAUGAAUACAUGGUAUAGCAAGACCCUUAACCCCAUUGGAAGGCUGAUUCUCAUCAAACACGUACUUUCCUCCAUACCUUUACACCUUAUUUCGGAGAAUGAGGGAUUAAAUAGGCUGAGGAAAAUAAAGCCGUUGAAGAAAGCUGAUGUUCUGUACUAGAGAGAAUUAAUCGAUUAAAUUAGGAAUUUUAAUCGAUUAAAGUGUACAGAAGCGAAAAGCCUGAAAAGAAAACUGAGUCAUAAUC